AUGUCCUACACGCCAGAGGUCUUCGACAUUGCCGACGAGUCUCAGACGGCCGAGACGGCCAAGAACUACGGCCUGUCACCUGAACAAGUGCUUGAGCUUCAUAAGAGGGCAACUGCGGCCAAGGCUACGGCUUACUGCCCGUACAGCAAAUUUCGUGUGGGUUCGACUCUCCUGUCCAAAGAUGGCCAGUACACUUCCGGUGCCAAUGUCGAAAAUGCUUCCUACCCUGUUGGCACAUGUGCCGAAAGAGUCGCAUUUGGCAAGGCCAUUACGGAGGGCAUUCGGGGUUUCAAGGCUGUCGCUGUAGCUACCGAUAUUGAACCUCCUUGCAGCCCAUGUGGCAUGUGCCGACAAUUCAUCCGCGAGUUUGUUGAUUUGGAGACUCCCGUCAUCAUGUUUAACAAGGAUGGCAAGUACGUUGUUAUGAGACUCCAGCAACUCCUCCCGCUCUCGUUUGGUCCUGAAUAUCUCCCGCCCCCAGACGUCUUGGAAAGGAACCUGGCUGGGAGGACCUAA